AUGCUUUCCGCCCUCGCCCGGCCUGCCGGCGCCGCUCUCCGCCGCAGCUUCAGCACCUCGGCCCAGAACAAUGCUAAAGUAGCCGUGCUGGGGGCCUCCGGAGGAAUUGGGCAGCCACUUUCGCUUCUUCUGAAGAACAGCCCGUUGGUGAGCCGCCUGACCCUCUACGAUAUCGCUCACACGCCCGGAGUGGCCGCCGACCUGAGCCACAUCGAGACCAGAGCGACCGUGAAAGGCUAUCUCGGACCUGAGCAGCUGCCAGACUGCCUGAAGGGCUGCGAUGUGGUGGUCAUUCCGGCGGGAGUCCCAAGAAAACCAGGUAUGACCCGAGAUGACUUGUUCAAUACCAACGCCACGAUCGUGGCCACCCUGACCGCUGCCUGUGCCCAGCACUGCCCGGAAGCCAUGAUCUGCAUCAUCUCAAAUCCGGUUAACUCCACCAUCCCAAUCACAGCAGAAGUUUUCAAGAAACAUGGAGUGUACAACCCCAAUAAAAUCUUCGGGGUGACAACCCUGGACAUUGUCCGAGCCAACGCUUUCGUUGCAGAGCUGAAGGAUUUGGACCCAGCCCGAGUCAACGUCCCCGUCAUCGGUGGCCACGCUGGGAAAACCAUCAUCCCCUUGAUCUCCCAGUGCACCCCCAAGGUGGAAUUUCCCCAGGACCAGCUGACCACCCUCACCGGUCGGAUCCAGGAAGCUGGCACAGAGGUGGUCAAGGCGAAGGCCGGAGCGGGCUCUGCCACCCUGUCCAUGGCAUAUGCUGGAGCCCGCUUUGUCUUCUCCCUCGUGGACGCAAUGAACGGAAAGGAAGGAGUUGUCGAAUGUUCCUUCGUUAAGUCCCAAGAAACGGACUGUCCGUAUUUCUCCACACCGUUGCUGCUGGGGAAAAAGGGCAUCGAGAAGAAUCUAGGCAUCGGCAAGGUCUCCCCUUUCGAAGAGAAGAUGAUUGCUGAGGCCAUCCCUGAGCUGAAAGCCUCCAUCAAGAAAGGAGAGGAGUUUGUCAAGAACAUGAAAUGA